CCUCCUCUUCCGCUUCCGCUUCCUCUUUCUGCUGGAGAGUAGACGACACACGACAAGCGCCGAUUUCCUCGGGCCCGGACGGACACUUGCAGGCCAAGAUGGGUUCCGCAUCGAAUUUUGCAAAGACGAUGAUCAUCCCCGCGGUGAUCUCGCUCACCCUUUAUCUCCUUUUCUCCUUCGUGAUCAUCCCCUUCUUUCGACGUUAUCAUCAACGAUACUCGCAGUAUCUGCCGCUCCACACGAUCUCCGCCCACACGUUGACCCUUCGGGACCGUAUCGCCGAUGCCAUCAUGCGCCGGUUCUUGCCCUCAUCGUGGCAGCGGCAGCAUCUAGCCGACCAGGACGACAACAUCAGUAUAUACGAUGAAGAGGGCGAGAUUAUGGUGGGGAUGGACAUGGAUGUAGAGCGAAGAGGGGCCCUCGAACGGCAACGCAACUCAGUCGUCGACUCUGGGAGACGACUCAGUCGGGAACUUGAGGCCGGGUUCAUGGAUGACAGUGAGGACGAAGAAGAGGACCAUCCGCAGUGUCGACGCUAGUUUUGGCAAUAAUCCGCUUCCCAUGCCUUAAUACCUAUAGAGAUAUUUACGGAAUGCUGUCACUAACUCACUCCCACAUGUCACUGAGGAUGUCAUCACAUCUUUGCGCAGCCAGAUGGGCCACAAUAUCUACAGUGCUCGAAGUGGAAACCACCCGUAUAAGUUAU